UUCUGAGUAUUACGGUAGCCCACCCCUACAGCCCUCUGCUCUCUGAUUGGACAGCGGCCGUCACGUGAUCCGGGCACCGCGGAAGAGGAGCUGGGCCGCAGAGAGACGGACCACCUUCAGCCUCCAGGAUGCAGAGCACCACUAACUACCUGUGGCUGAUCUCAGACCUGCUGGGUCAGGGAGCGACGGCCAACGUUUACCGUGGACGACACAAGAAAACAGGAGAUCUGUACGCAGUCAAGGUGUUCAACAACCUGAGCUUCCUGCGGCCGCUGGACGUCCAGAUGAGGGAGUUCGAGGUCCUGAAGAAGCUCAACCACAAGAACAUUGUGAAGCUGUUCGCUGUGGAGGAGGAGUCCAACACCCGUCAUAAGGUACUGGUCAUGGAGUACUGUCCCUGUGGGAGUCUCUACACUGUCCUGGAGGAGUCGUCCAACGCUUACGGACUCCCAGAAGACGAAUUCCUCAUCGUUCUCCAUGACGUUGUGGCAGGUAUGAACCACCUGAGAGAGUACGGCAUCGUCCACCGAGACAUCAAACCAGGAAACAUCAUGAGGGUGAUCGGAGAAGACGGACGCUCCAUCUACAAACUCACCGACUUCGGAGCCGCCAGGGAGCUGGAGGACGACGAGCAGUUCGUCUCUCUGUACGGAACUGAGGAGUACCUGCACCCUGACAUGUAUGAGCGAGCCGUGUUGAGGAAGGACCACCAGAAGAAGUAUGGAGCCACGGUGGACCUGUGGAGCAUCGGGGUGACCUUCUACCACGCUGCCACCGGCAGCCUCCCCUUCAGACCGUUUGAAGGACCGCGCAGGAACAAGGAAGUCAUGUAUAAAAUCAUCACAGAGAAACCAUCGGGGACCAUUUCAGGACUCCAGAAGUGUGAGAACGGAAAGAUCGAGUGGAGCACCGAGAUGCCCGUUUCCUGCAGCCUGUCCAAGGGUCUGCAGAGCCUCCUGACUCCCGUCCUCGCCAACAUCCUGGAGGCCGACCAGGAGAAAUGUUGGGGCUUCGAUCAGUUCUUCGCAGAGACCAACGACAUCCUGCACCGGACCGUGGUCUACGUGUUCAGCCUGCAGCAGGCAACGCUUCAUCACGUGUACAUCCACGAGUACAACACGGCAGCACUGUUCCAGGAACUGCUCUGCCGUCGGUCCAGUAUCCCUCUCCACAACCAGGAGCUGCUCUAUGAAGGCCGCCGUCUGGUCCUGGACCCAAACCGCCAAGCCAAGACCUUCCCCAAGACCUCCAGAGACAACCCCAUCAUGCUGGUCAGCAGAGAGUCGGUCGCCACCGUUGGACUCAUCUUCGAAGAUCCCAGUCCUCCUAAAGUCCAGCCUCGCUACGACCUGGACCUGGACGCCAGCUACGCCAAGACGUUUGCCGGUGACGUCGGUCAUUUGUGGAAGACUUCUGAGUCUCUGCUGGUUUAUCAGGAGCUGGUGAGGAAAGGAGUUCGAGGUUUGAUUGAGCUGAUGAAGGAGGACUACAGCGAGAUUCUGCACAAGAAGUCGGAGGUUUUCCAUCUGUGUAACUACUGCACCCAGAUGUUGGAGAAAACCGAGCAGCUGUUCGAGGUGUUGAUGCAGGCCAACAUGCUGUCUUCAGAAUACGACGAGAUCUCAGACAUGCAUAAGAAAGUCCUCAGAAUUUCUGGCUCCAUGGAGCCGAUUGAACGAAACGCUCAGGAGAUCAAGACUAAGUUCCUUCCUGGAGGUUUGCUGACGGACAUCUGGACGCAGCAGGUUGGGACGCACCCCGAGGACAGGAACGUGGAGAAAAUCAAAGUUCUGCUGGACGCCAUCACCGCCAUCUACCAACAGUUCAAGAAGGACAAAGCAGAGAGACGUCUUCCCUACAAUGAGGAGCAGAUCCACAAGUUUGAUAAACAGAAGCUGGUUCUUCACGCCAGUAAAGCUCGCUCUCUGUUCACUGAGGAAUGUGCCAUGAAGUACCGGCUCUUCAUCUCCAAGAGCGAGGAGUGGAUGAGGAAAGUUCAUCACGUCAGGAAGCAGCUGAUCAGCCUGUCGGGUCAGCUGAUCAGCACGGAGAAGGAGGUGACCAUGCUGCUGGAGAGGGCCGGCAAGCUUCAGGAGCAGCUUCCUCAGAAGGUUCUUCCUCUGGUCUCCAGCGGUAUGAAGCCUCAGGCCUACCUGAGCCAGAACACUCUGGUGGAGAUGACUCUGGGGAUGAAGAAGCUGAAGGAGGAGAUGGAGGGAGUGGUGAAGGAGCUGGCAGAGAACAACCACUUCUUAGAGAGGUUCGGGACUCUGACGCUGGACGGAGCUCUGAGAGGCUGAAGACUCGCUGCUGUUUGUACAGAUUCAUCCUGUUCUUUGUAAAUAACGCCCACCUGAAGCUUUUCUACGACAGAUUCUGCUUCCAGAACGUCGAAAUGUUUCAGCCGAGGAUCAACGAGGUCCUGAAGUUCACCUGAAGACACAAAACACAUAAAACACACCUUUAUCUGAACCAUAGAGCCUCGGAUCCCCCCCAGAUCACCCUCAGAUCACCCACAGAUCACCCUCAGAUCACCCCCAAAUCACCCCAGAUCACCCCCAGAUCACCCCCAGAUCACCCUCAGAUCACCCUCAGAUCACCCCCAGAUAACCCCCAGAUCACCCUCAGAUCACCCUCAGAUCACCCCCAGAUCACCCCCAGAUCACCCCCAGAUCACCCCAGAUCACCCCCAGAUCACCCCCAGAUCACCCCAAAUCACCCCUAAACCUGAAGAAGACAUUGGAGAGAAGAGUAUUUAGUUUGGACUCUGUAUGGAUUAUUAAUAUUUAUUUACUGCUGCUGAUUAUUAAAUUUAGGGGAUUGUUUUUCAUUUUUACUCAGAUUUGGAACAAAUUUCUGCCACAUUUUUUGAUUAAAACACGUCAAGAAACUUUAAUGACUUCAAAACUCUUUAAAAUUUAAAAAACAGUUAAAGUUUCUGUUUGUUUUUCAGAAAAAUAUUUUAGUUCAAUAUCAUGUAGAAAGUUUUUUUUUUUACCAUAAUAUUUUUAAAGAGUUAAACUUCUUUAAAAUUGACCAAAGGCUUUACAAAAUGUAAAUUACAGCAAGUUCUGGUGAUAUUUAGUCAGUUUUAAAGUGUUUUUACUCUUUAAAAUCUCUUUACAUCCUGAAGAUAAUCUAUUUAAAAUGCCUUAAUUCAAUAAACACAUCCCAUACUUCAAUAAAUACAUCCCAUAAUUUAAUAAAUCCAUCUCAUAAUUCAAUAAAUCCAUCCUAUAAUUCAAUAAAUCCAUCCCGUAAUUCAAUAAAUCCAUCCCAUAAUUCAAUAAAUCCAUCCCCUAAAUCAAUAAAUACAUCCCAUAAUUCAAUAAAUACAUCCCGUAAUUCAAUAAAUACAUCCUAUAAUUCAAUAAAUCCAUCCCAUAAUUCAAUCAGCAGCUGAAGUUUUGACAAAUCCAAACAUUUUGAGCUCCAGAUUCUGAGUUUGACAUCAUUAAAUAUUAAAUAAUAUCUUAAACAUAUUGUUGACAUAUUGCAGCUCAUUAAAGUUUGUUUUUUUCUAUAAAUAUUUGAACCCAGAGUCUCUGCUCAGUGCUAAAUGUUUACAGUUAAAGAUAAAAUCGAUUUCCUGUAAAUUAAAGAUGUUUUUGAAUGGUUGAAAUCUUUCUGGCUGCUGAUUCAGAUGAAGAUGUUCUCUGAGUUUUGGAGAAAAUUGAGAUUCAUGAGUGGAUUUAAGGUUUUAUUUUAAAGCUUUUCAUAGCAUUUUCCAUUUAUUCAAGGUUUUAUUGUGUUUUUCUGCCUCAUUAAAGUUAAUUAAAGGUUCAAACUCCUUAAAAUUACUAAACAUUAUUCAGUGAAAAUCAGCUUUAAGGAGUUAAAUCCUCAAAUGUUCACUUUAGUUGAAAAGUUAUUUGGUUUAUUUUAUGGAUUUUUUUUUACCUUUAAACUGCAGAAAAAACACAAAGAAUAAUUAAUGAACCCUUAAAGGUAAGAAAUAAAGAGGAACCGCCUGAUUCUGUUUAUGUUUAUUUAUAUUGUUUAUUGGCGAUCAAUAACUGAUAUCAGUUUGUCCCCAGCAGAAUUAUUCACCGUUAAAGAUGUUUCUUCAUGUUGACUCAGAAUGCCUCAUGAUGUGAAAAACAACAAAAACAUGUAAAUAAAUAAAAUCUGAUCAGAUAAAA